AGACGAGCUCUGAGGAGAGUCUCCCCUUCGGUACAUAUACCGAUUGCAAGACGAGGUCUCGAACAUUUCAUCACAGCAACAAGCGAUCUCUCUGUGUUUGGGUUUUGCUACAUUGCAAUCGGCAAGUGUUUCUCGCAAGCGAGUCUGUGAAUUCUCCAAUUCGCUAUCAUAAUCGCCGAUGGGUUACGAAAACGAUCCGUUCCGUGACGAGGAUGGGGAGCCGUUGAUGGAUUACGACGGCGUGCAGUCCGAUCGGGAGCAGUCGCCGGAGCCGCGGCAGGGAUUUUUGGACGACGAUGAUGAGGGCGAGUGGCAGCGAGAGCGGUCGGAGACGCCGGUGUACGACGCGGAGGCCUCGUCGAUGAAGGCGAAGCCCAGGAAGCGGCUGAUCAAGAAGAGCGAUCCUGCCUCGGCGAAGGAGAUCGUGACUCCGAACCUGGUGGAUGAGGACGAGGACGAGGACGAGGACGAGGAGGAUUUUGAGACAAAUCCGAAGAAGUGGAAGGAGGGUAAGAGUGGUGGGAAGAAGGAGAAGAGGCAUAAGGGGGAGAAGAGAGGGUUUUCUUCUUCGGGGAAGAGCGAUUAUGGUAGGUCCUCCAAGAGAGGAGGGUUUUCUUCUGGGAAGGAUCGCGAUGGUGAGGUCAAGGAGAUGUGGGACACCAUUGCCGGUAACGAUUCCGAGGAUGAUCAAGAGGGUGUCAGGACUGUGGAUGAUGAUAACUUCAUAGAUGACACUGGUGUGGACCCUGCUAUUGGGUAUGGAAAUGACGAGGAGCCACGUUCUCCUGAUGCUCCUCAGGCUGAGGAGGGUGAUGAAGAUGAUGAAAUUGACCAGCUCUUCAAGUCGGGUAAGAAAAAAAAGAAGAAUGAGAGAAACCCAGCAGAAAUAGCAUUGCUAGUCGAGAACGUGAUGGCUGAGCUUGAGGUCACAGCGGAAGAGGAUGCAGACCUUAAUAGACAGGGGAAGCCUGCUGUUAAUAAACUCAAAAAACUGCCUCUUCUGACAGAGGUCCUUUCAAAGAAGCAGCUUCAACAAGAAUUUUUAGAUCAUGGAGUGUUAAAUCUAUUAAAGAAUUGGCUUGAACCUCUUCCUGAUGGAAGCUUACCAAACAUUAAUAUCCGUGCGGCAAUUUUGAAGAUUUUGACUGAUUUUCCCAUUGAUCUAGAGCAGUAUGAUAGAAGAGAACAACUGAAGAAGAGUGGUAUUGGAAAGGUCAUUAUGUUUCUAUCAAAAUCUGAUGAGGAAACUACAUCCAACAGAAAACUUGCAAAGGAUUUAGUUGAUAAAUGGAGUCGACCGAUAUUUAAUAAAAGUACAAGGUUUGAGGACAUGAGAACCGCUGAUGAUGAAAGGGUUCCCUACCGAAGGCCAUCUGUGAAAAAGCCAGCGAAUAAAGCUGCGGGGAUGGAAUCCAGAGAUGGUGAUCUUGAUUUGGAUGAGUUUUCACGAGAACGAAAGUCUAGCCAAUCAUCCUCCAGACAGCAUGCUACAAGGCCGGAAGCAACACCAUUAGAUUUCCUGGUGCGCCCACAAUCUAAGAUUGAUCCAGAUGAAAUUAGAGCCCGUGCAAAACAAGUGGUACAAGAUCAGCGUCGUUUGAAGAUGAAUAAGAAGUUGCAGCAGUUGAAGGCCCCAAAAAAGAAGCAGCUUCAAGCCACAAAGCUUAGUGUGGAGGGUCGUGGCAUGGUCAAAUAUUUGUAAUUGCAGAAUUCACUGAAUUGCCGGUGAAGGUUGCGAGGCCAAUAUCAUGGCCAUGUAUUGCUAUCUAUCUCUCAUGGGUCCAGAACAAGCCACAAAGAUCCUUGGGAAGGAGGUUUAACUAGCAGCAGCAGCAGCUUCUUCAAAUGCCUAAGGUCUCUCUGAUUUCUUCAUGGAUUCAAAGCCCUAUCCAGUUUAUUGGUGUAUAUUUGAUUGGCAAAGAGUGCAGCCUGACAUGCUCAUGGUCGUGCUCGUGCUCGUACUCGUGCUCGUGCUCAAGUGUAGUUUCUUUCAAUAAUUGUUAAACCAACCGGUGAGACUUUUGUAUGCAAUGUUUAGCUUCAACAAUUUUUAUAUAUAUAUUUUUUAUCCAAGGAAAAAAUUAUAUAUCAUUUGUGAACAAGAUUUGUAACCGAUGAUGCACCAUUUGAUUUGGUUGAUAAUGGGACAUGUAGUCCUGUGGAUGGUAGACUUGUUCCUGAAA